CAACAGUCUCCUCAUCAGGCCGCCACACACACACGCACCCUCCCGCCUGAGAAAUCCCGCCGGCGGCUUUCCCCCUUCCCCAGCGCUUCCGCUAUUUCUGGGCAGGGUGAAGCAACGCCGCUUCAGUCUCUCCCCACCCGGGGCGGGUGAAGGCUUCGGAUCCCGUCCCGUGUCCCCGUCCCGUGUCCCCGUCCCGCCGGCGUGGCCCCCUCAGGACCGGCACUAGCGUGGCGGGGGGCGAGGGGCUCCGCGCCACCAUGGCCGACCGCCUGCUGCUCCUCCUGCUCUGCGCGGCGCUGGCGGGCGAGCUCCGGGCUGAGGGAGGCGUAUUCAUCAAGAAAGAAAAUGCCGACAAGUUCUUGGAAAGAGCAAAACGUGCUAACUCUUUUUUGGAGGAAUUGAAGAAAGGGAAUAUUGAAAGAGAAUGCAAUGAGGAGCGCUGCUCUAAAGAAGAAGCAAGAGAAGCCUUUGAAGACCAGGAGAAAACUGAGGAAUUCUGGAACAUCUAUGUAGAUGGGAACCAAUGCAGCUCAAGUCCUUGUCAUUAUGGUGGACAUUGUAAAGAUGGAAUUGGUUCCUACACUUGCUCAUGCUUGGAUGGUUACCAAGGCAAGAACUGUGAAUUUGUCAUACCAAAGUACUGCAAAAUAAACAAUGGUGACUGUGAGCAUUUCUGCAGCAUCAAAAAAAGUGUACAGAAGGAUGUUUUGUGUUCCUGUGCAAAAGGGUAUGUUCUAGCAGAGGAUGGCAAACGCUGUGUUUCAUCAGUAAAGUAUCCUUGUGGAAAAGUUUUUGUGAAAAGAAAAAAAAGGUCAGUUAUUUUACCCGAUGAUAAUAGCAAUGUAACUAGUAAUCAAGAUGGCCCUCCCACAAAUGGAACAAGUUUGGAGGCGGCCAUUGUUACUACCACAGAAAGCCCAACUGUCCGUCCUGGCAAUGGUACAAGUAGCAAGAAUCCGAAUGUCAAUACCAGGAUAGUGGGUGGUGAUGAGUGCCUUCUUGGUGAAUGUCCAUGGCAGGCUGUUCUGUUAAACGAGGAAGGGGAAGAGUUUUGCGGUGGAACUAUUUUGAAUGAAAAUUUUAUACUUACGGCAGCUCAUUGCAUGAACCAAUCUAAAGAAAUCAAAGUUGUUGUUGGUGAAGUGGACAGAGAAAAGAAAGAACAUUCUGAAACGAUGCAUACUGUGGACAAAAUACUUGUUCACUCUAAAUACAUUGCUGAGACUUACGAUAAUGACAUAGCCUUGAUAAAGCUGAAGGAGCCUAUAACAUUUUCUGAGUACAUUGUCGCAGCAUGCCUCCCUGAAGCAGACUUUGCUAAUGAAGUUCUGAUGAACCAAAGAUCCGGGAUGGUUAGUGGCUUUGGGCGUGAAUUUGAAGGUGGACGACUAUCCAAAAAACUGAAAGUUCUUGAAGUCCCCUAUGUUGAUAGGAACACUUGCAAGCAAUCCACUAACUUUGCAAUAACAGAAAACAUGUUUUGUGCUGGUUAUGAAACAGAGCAAAAAGAUGCUUGUCAAGGAGACAGUGGAGGUCCCCAUGUAACCAGAUAUAAGGAUACUUAUUUCGUUACUGGAAUUGUUAGCUGGGGAGAAGGAUGUGCAAAGAAAGGCAAAUAUGGUGUCUAUACCAAACUGUCCAGGUUCUUACGCUGGGUAAGAACAGUCAUGAGACAAAGUUUCUAGUGGUGUGGCUCUUGAUCCUUCUGUUCGCUAACGAGACGCAGUUUCUGUAAUGGAAACUUUAUUCUUUUUUUUUUUUUUAGCCACAUCUGCUAAACUUGUUUUGAGAGCUGAUUCCUUAAAAGUUAUGGUGCUUUUCUUUUUGUUUUAUUCCUGGCUUUAAGCGUGUAUAUGUGGACUGCUGGUGUUGUUUUGAAUUUGUAAAAUGAGGGGCUUUCCCCAAACAAAAUUGCUGCUCAGUGGGGUCUUUUCUUUGCUUGUUUGGUUAUUUUUAUAUUGCCAUUUUGGUUCCUGUCUGUUUGCCCAAGUGCUUCCACCAGAGGCUCCUGGACAUAAUAUGAGACUCCACUAAUCAUGAUGAAAGUGGGAAGGACAGGACUUCAGUUAAUCCUCGUACUGCAGCCAGCUGGCUCAGUAGGGAGUUUGUUAUUACUAGAGCUGUUUAGCAGUUUAGCUUCUACCUGCAGGUGUAUUUAGAAGAUUAAGGGAGCAGGGAAGCUUGCUUGGUAAAAGCUGAGACACAAGUAAGUAUUCAACAUGUGACGCUAAAUAACCACAUGUUCCACAAAAUUGCCUGCUUAGGUCACAGCAGCUAAUUAAAAUGGGGUUUUGCUUUAUAUGGACUGUACUUCACUUUAAUUUGAACACUCUGUUCUGCUCAUCAGAAAAAAAAAUAUGUGCAUGUUCACUGUUUCCUGUAUCAUGUUCUGGAUUGUGUAUGGCUGGGGAUCAGAAAGCUGCUUGCCUGUUUAUUGUUCUAGGUGUUUCUGUAAGGUGCAAUAUUGAUGUACACCAGCAUUUGAAAUAAAACAUUCCUUCUUUUU